AUGGCUUCAAGGAAACCUGAUAUGGAUUCAACGAAUCCUGAUAUGGAUUCAACGAAUCCAUAUAGCCAGUAUCGUAGUUACGUAGGGCUUCUUAACUCUCAGAAUCAACAAACCUUUCCAUCUACUGUAAACAUUGGAGCCUCACAAAUCCCUUCUUUUGGUUCCCAACAAACUGAGGCUCCUGCUGUAGGUUCAGACACACCAGUGGACCGUCGGGGGAGAAAGACAUGGACCCCAUCUGAUGACGAGGUCCUAAUAAGCGCCUUGCUUAAUACUUCUAAGGACGCUGUAGUUGGAAACGACCAAAAGGGAGGAACGAACCUUCUGCGGUGGUCAAAGAUCAAUGAUCAGACCAACAAGUUCGCUGCAGCAUACGCUACUGCUGAGAGACAAAUCAGUAGUGGACAGAAUGAAAACGAUGUUCUAAAGUCGGCUCAUCAGAUCUUCCACUCCCACCACAACACAAAGUUUAAACUGGAGCAUGCGUGGUGUAUCUUGAGGCAUGAGCAGAAAUGGUUGAGUCUCAACACUGCUGCACAAAAAAGAAAGGCAACUGAGUCCUUUUCGCAAGCUACAGACAACAAUGUUGGUGACCAAGAGAUGCGGCCCGCAGGUAUUAAGGCGGCAAAAGCAAGCAGGAACAGUGGUAAAGGAAAGGCUUAUGGAGAUUAUAAGAGCAUGUGGGAUCUGAAGAUGGAAGAUUUGGCACAGAUGGAGAAGCUAUCCAAGCUCGCGAUUCUUGAUACUCUCCUAGCUAAGAAGGAACCACUUAGUGAGAGUGAAGAAGUCGUGAAGAAUAAACUCCUUGCCUUGUAUUUUUAA